AUGCGAGGCCGGCCGGGGGGGCGGGCGGACAGGAGGGGACGCGAGAUCACGGCCGAUAAACCGGAAGGGGAAACCCGUCAUGGUGUGUCGCGAGGCCCCGAACGCGAACAAGAACGAGAACCGACGAUAAGCAAUGAGGAGACGGUGGCGGGAGGGGAGCCAAACACGAGCGAGGCGGGGGAGACAGGGCUGACGGCGGAAGAAGAGGCCAGAAAGAAGGCGGACGACGGGGCGGAAGAAGUCAGCACGACGCACGAGGUCCCGAGCCGACGUGUGGGACGGGGACGGGGAGGGACGGGGGCGAGGGGCGACGGGACCGGGGAGCAGGAUGCGGAAGGAGGGCGAGACGACGCGGGACUGGGAGGCCUAGGCGCCGGCAGACGAACGAACCAAGAGGGCGGGCGGGGGCGCCCAGAGGGCGAGACAAGAACGCGGGCGGGCUGUCGAGCAAGGGCCGCAGCCGCCUACGACACGCAGGGCGGGGCGCGCCGACGCGCUACCGCCGGGCGGUCCGAGGGACGACAGCGGUGGCCGGACGGGGCCGACGACGGGGCGAGUACGCCGAGCCCGCUGCUUCGGAGCGGGGGCCGGGGACACACCAGCCCGCCGACCGGCAGACGCGACCUCACGGGCGACAGCCGACGACCGGACAACGAACGACCGGACACGAACCGCGACGCGGAGCGUGUGUGCAACCGCGCCCGCCAGCGCGACCCGAGCCACGGAGCACACAGCCAGCGCGCGGGAGCAGGACGCGCGAACCGGCGGGGCCGCGCCGAGCGGGCGACGCGCGCCGCCGGCGCCCGGCGCCCGCAGGCCGGCGCUGGCUCGCGCCCGUCGGGACGGCCGCGCGCCCGUAGGACCGUGCGCGGAAGCCCGGCGGCGCCGACCGAGAGCGGCGGCCGCGCGCUGCAGCGCCGCCCGCCGCGCGCGAGGGAAGGCACGAGCGGAGAGCGGCACGGCCUGCAGGCAGGAGGACCCCAGGCACGCGCCAACUGCGAGGGAGCAACAGCAGUUCAGCUUAAGCAGCAGGCAGCCGCAGCAGCAGCAGGCAGCCAGCCAGCAUGGGAACAAACGGGACUGCGUGAGAUCGGUAACUUGAAUGACUUGCACGGUGCAUCACAACAUCAAUGGUCUGAGGUCAUCAAGUUCAGCAGAGAUUAG